CCCUCCGCCGCUGUCAACCCACCAUGGCUCGUGGCCCCACUAGGACCGACUUGGGGUCCCGCCUGCUGCUCCCGCUUCUGCAGCUGCUCCUGGUGCUUCGGGGCUCCGGCUGCAGCCACGCGGGCUCCUCCUGGUCCGCACUGCCAGAGACCACCGACGGCCUGCGGGGGGACAAGGACCCCCAGUACCCCCCUGGGGAAGUGGCAGCCGCGCUGGGCCCGGGCGCCCAGGACAUGGUCGCUGUCCACAUGCUCCGGCUCUAUGACAAAUACAGCAGGCGCGGCGCCCGGCCCGGAGGAGGCAACACUGUCCGCAGCUUUCGCGCCCAGCUGGAAGUGGUCGACCAGAAAGCCGUGUAUUUCUUCAACUUGACCUCCAUGCAGGACUCAGAAAUGAUCCUCACCGCCACCUUCCACUUCUACUCGGAGCCACCAUGGUGGCCCCAACCCCGUGGGAUGUUAUGCAAGCCACGGGCCAAGAAUUCCUCCUGUCGCCUGCUCCCCCCGGGCCCACCAGCCCGCCUGCACUUGCUCUUCCGAAGCCUCUCACAGAACACAGCCACGCAGGGGCUGCUCCGAGGGGCCAUGACCCUGGCUACCCCACCACGGGGACUGUGGCAGGCCAAGGACAUCUCUUCUAUCAUCAAGGCAGCCCGCCGGGAUGGGGAGCUGUUCCUCACAGUCCAGCUAGAAUCUGGGGAGAAGGACCCUGGGGUGCUGAAGCCCAGCCCCCACGCGCCCUAUAUCCUUGUCUACGCCAACGAUCUGGCCAUCGCCGAGCCCAACAGCGUGGCAGUGACCCUGCAGAGAUAUGACCCUUUCCCAUCUGGAGAAUCUGAGCCCCGCACAGCCCCCAACAGCUCUUCAGAUCCCCGAGUGCGCAGGGCAGCUCAGGCCUCUGGGCCCCUCCAGGACAAUGAGCUGCCUGGGCUGGAUGAGCGGCCAGUGCAUGCCACCCACGGCCAGCAUUACCACAAGCACGAGUUAUGGCCCAACCCUUUUCGGGCACUGAAGCCCCGGCCAGGGCGAAAGGAUCGCAGGAAGAAGGGUCAGGACUCCUUCUCCGCCUCCUCACAGGUGCUGGACUUUGACGAGAAGACCAUGCAGAAAGCCCGGAGACGACAGUGGGAUGAACCUCGGGUCUGUUCCCGGAGGUACCUGAGGGUUGACUUCGCAGACAUCGGAUGGAACGAAUGGAUCAUCUCGCCCAAAUCCUUUGACGCCUACUACUGUGCCGGAGCCUGUGAGUUCCCCAUGCCCAAGAUUGUCCGCCCAUCCAACCAUGCCACCAUUCAGAGCAUCGUCAGAGCUGUAGGCAUUGUUCCCGGAGUCCCAGAGCCUUGCUGUGUCCCAGACAAGAUGAACUCGCUUGGAGUCCUUUUCCUAGAUGAGAACCGGAAUGUCGUUCUGAAGGUGUACCCCAACAUGUCUGUGGAAACCUGUGCCUGUCGGUAAGACAGGUUGGAAUGCAGGACUGCCCGUCUCUGUCCAGCACAGCAACAUUCUCUUGGCCUUGUGUAGCCAGGAUUUGGCCCAGGGGAACUUCAAGCACAAGGCAGAGAGUACAGGCAAUCCUGCCGGUACCAGCAACAUCUGACUAUUGGGCCAUCAAUUGGAAAGAUCUAGAAUCUUUCCUUGUUAGUGACUUCGCCCCCUGGGUCCUCUGAAGGGAUAUGAAGUUGGCCCUGACCUGAAGUUUGCUCAUUGGGAUGCAAGUGUCUACCAUAUUGGCAUGUGUGUUCAUCAUCUUGAAACCUGAGCGGCCUUUGCAAGCCUCAGAUUCACUCCCUUUCCAUGCAAAAAAAAUGCCAUGUAAUUGCCCAGUUUCAAAGCCUGUGGGCCACCUACUGGAAGCAGCACCUAAAUUAUGGCAUAAAUGAGUAUUUUCUUUCACACUCCACU